AUGACAAGGAAGAGAAAGCUAGUCACAAACGAAGGAGAGGUACCUCACCCAACUGGCCCUUACUUCCAGUGGAAUGAAUCCCUUAAUGCAUUGCUCAUAGAAUGCAUGUUGGAGAUGACUCAAAGGCAUCAGGUGGAGGAUGGAUCCUUCAAGAAUGGGGCCUUUUUUGGAGCUGGAGAAUAUGAUGCUAGAGAGUUGGUGCGUAAUCAGAGCGGCUGUGGGUGGAACAAUGUAACAAAGACUCCAACACUGGAUGAUGAUGUCUUUGAAGCAUUGAUUAAGAAUAAGGCUAUAAAGAAGGAGAACAAGACUGACAAUGCAAUUGCUGUUGUGGCCGAGGAACUGGGAGGAUUGAAGCCUAUAAUAUCAAAGGCACUUGAUGCUCUUGGAUCAAUUGUAGGUGAUAGUGAGGAAGAGGAUGGUAGGGAGGCUGCAUUGAUGGCAGAAAUAGGAAAAAUUCAAGGACUGGAACGCUGCCAAGUCCUUGAUGCUGCAAUGACCUUAGUUGAGAAUGAUCGGAAGACAAGACUCUUCUAUGCUCUCGACAAUGAGGAGGACAAGAAGUAUUUCAUUCAAAACUUGUUACGUUGA